ACGACCAGCCGCCUGCCACAUCUGGAGACGCUUCCUAACACGAGAAACUUCAACUUUUGCGUUUACUCUGAGCAGAAACACUCAGGCGUUCGCGACCUGUCAGUCCGUCAGGGAUAAUUUGGCUUUCUCGUGAUAGUAAGUAGAUUCUUGAAGCCAAGUUGGCGUUUCUCUCUUUUUCUGAGCUUUUUUACAUCCCCAUGGCUAAACAGUCCGUUUGCGAGUUUCAUUGAGUGUGAUGCUGAGUUAAUUGCCACGCUAGAUUGUAUAAUUAUAACUGGAACGUGAUUUCUGGGAAUAACACAAAAAAGACACAUUUUGUGCCUUCAUGAGUAAAAAAGAAGGACAGGGAACCGCAGCAGUACGUUAAGAGAUUCACGCAAACAAAUCUAUAAAGGGUAUGUAAUUUCACGUCUAAUCUGUCACGAGAUUAUUUAUUUUUUUCAUCGUUAAAUGUUUAAAGUAUCCUAAACCCUGUCCGAGAGCACAGCUGCUGAUCCACUGCCGCCUGACACGAGCCUACACGACUGCGUUGAAGGUGACAUAAGUCAGAGGGAAUCAAAUUGUGCAAUUCAACAGCGACUUGUGAGAGAGUGAUACCUUUCUGGCUUAUUUGUGUCCCACACUGAUCUAACAUUUUGGAAGGGUGAGCUGGAAUAAGCCAUAAGGCGCACAGCUCCAUACUGAAGUGUUUAAGUUAGUCUGAGGGGAAAUUUAAAAGACCUAAAAAUACAGCGUUGGUUUCUUCCCUACAAAGAAUCAUUUGAACUUCCCACCGCAGAGCGAGAGCGACAUAAAUAGUUCUGACAUGUGGAUGUAAUUUCCGAAGAGGAAAAAAGACAGAUGCAGAGAAAUAAAGAGAGCGGGCUGAGCCUGAGCAUAUAGAUUAUAGGAAAUUAAAUCGAGGGCACAGCGUGGCGAUUACACAGUUAUGAUUUCACAAGCCGCCGUAAGCAUCGAUAGGCCAGAUGGAGUGAAAAAACACAACGCGUUCCACUUUGAAGAGAGUUAAGUAGAUUACAUUAUUUUAUCUGAGCAUCAUCAGUGCCUGUUUGAGCCCCGCAAGGACUUUUGGAGGUAGAGUUGCAUCAAGUCAGGGAUGGGAUCCGCUCUGCUGCUCCACAAUCUGGACUUUCUUCUUAUCUCACUACUCAGCGGUUUAUGCCUGGCUUUCGCAGAUGAUGUGCUUACAAAAGAUGAACAGAUAGGCCUGUUGGUCAGAGCCAAACGGAAGUGCGAGGGCAACAUUAAGUCAAGGCACAAGGUUCAUGAUGGUUACUGCUCACCAGAGUGGGACGGCAUUGUUUGUUGGCCUGAAGGGCCCCCGGGAAAGCUUGUAUCCACCUCCUGUCCAGAGUAUAUCCAUGACUUCAACCAUAAAGGACUAGCAUACCGUCGGUGUGACAACAACGGAACGUGGGAACUGGCCACAACCAACAAGACAUGGGCCAAUUAUAACGAAUGUACAAAAUUCUUCUACCAUUACAACCACAGCCAUGAAAAGGACGUCUUUCACCGUCUGUAUCUCAUCUACACAGUUGGGUAUUCCAUCUCUCUGGGAUCACUCAUGGUGGCUGUGGUCAUCUUGGGAUAUUUCCGACGAUUACACUGCACCAGGAACUACAUCCACAUGCACUUAUUUGUGUCCUACAUGCUAAGAGCUAUCAGUAUUUUUGUCAAAGAUGUUGUGCUCUACUCUGGAUCGGCCUUAGAGAACAUGGAAAGAGCAACAGUGGAAGACCUCAAGUCCAUCACUGAGGCUCCACCAGCCAACAAAACACAGUUUAUCGGCUGCAAGGUGGUUGUGACCUUGUUCUUGUACUUUCUGGCAACCAACUACUACUGGAUCCUUGUUGAGGGUCUGUACCUCCACAGCCUCAUCUUCAUGACCUUCUUCUCAGACAGAAAGUAUUUAUGGGGAUUUACUCUGAUUGGAUGGGGAGUACCAGCUAUGGUUGUGACAGUUUGGGCAACUAUGAGAGCCACGUUUGCAGACACAGAGUGUUGGGACUUAAGUGCGGGCAAUUUGAAAUGGAUAUAUCAAGUGCCUAUCCUAGCGGCUAUAGUGGUUAAUUUUAUGUUAUUUCUGAACAUCAUCAGAGUCUUGGCAACUAAACUACGAGAAACAAAUGCUGGAAGGUGUGACACAAGACAACAGUACAGAAAACUGUUGAAGUCCACAUUGGUGCUGAUGCCACUCUUUGGUGUUCACUACAUCAUAUUCCAUGCCAUGCCAUAUACAGAGGUGUCUGGAGUUCCAUGGCUGAUACAGAUGCACUAUGAGAUGCUGUUCAACUCUUUCCAGGGAUUCUUGGUUGCAAUAAUAUACUGCUUUUGCAAUGGGGAGGUCCAAGCUGAGAUUAAAAAGUCCUGGAGCAGGAGAACUCUGGCCCUGGACUUCAAAAGAAAAGCUCGGAGCGGCAGCAACACUUACAGCUAUGGGCCUAUGGUAUCAAACACCAGUGUUACCAAUGUCACUGCCAGAGGGCCGCUGGCCCUCCACCUCACCACAAGGCUGGGACCAGCGCCUGUGAACGGACACAGGAACCUCCCCGGGUACGUGAAGAACGGCUCUGUCUCUGAGAACUCUAUACCCUCCUCGGGACAGGAGCUUCACAUUCCUGAUGAGGACCAUUCGGCUCAUACACGGCCCUGCGAGAAGGAGAAACCCUCCCCUGUGGUGGAAGAGGAGAGGGAGACAGUCAUGUGACCUCCAUGCCGCUGUGUUUAGGGAUGAAAACUGAAAAACAAAACCAAUCAUGAAACAAUCUCAGGGCCGUCUGAAGGGAACGGCUGAAUGCAUUAACACUGCCAGUUUUUUCUCCUGUGAAUCAAGCCAGAAUAUUGCCGACAGAUGAGGCUCACGGCAAAAGGGUGUUUCACUUUUGUGAGCUGGGCCACCUUUACUUGAGAGAUGAUGAACCUCAUUGUUGUGGAAAAACACUCUUUUUGUCACCAAACACCUGCCACGAUGAAUGUGUAAAAGGAUAAAAACAGACUGCCGUUUUUUUGUUUUUCUUUUCCACUGCCAUAACUGUUACGUUGUUUUCUGUUUGCUUCUUUUUUGUGCACCGCUUUUGUGCAUAAACCAUGGGGUUAGGUAGAGUAGUUGCAAGGAACAGCCUUAAUUAUCUCCUAUGUAAAGCCAGGUGGAUUCUGAGUGCACUUAGUCACACAUGUGUGGGCAAUGUAAUCAGCAAGUAUUUGGAUUAAGUCAGCGUGAGUAGACUAAUUCUAGGCUCAUGUUUAAAAAAAAAUGCAAUGCUACUAUUUCAGGGCAUUUGUUCAUGCUUUCUAGCAUGGCAUCUCAUUUGUUCUAAAUUGACUUAAAUCCACUUCAGUGUAAAAGGGAAGGUACUCAGGUAAUUGAAGUCCUCAUUUGUUGCACACCAGGUUUUUGCUAUACUUUUAAAGUGGUGUUUUAGCACAGUCAGCAUUUCUCUGAGGGUGUUGAUAUGUAAUAUAAGUCUAUGUUAAAUAUUCUUUUUUUCAAAAUGUUGUACAGUUUCUGCUUUAGAAAAAAAAACAGUAUCAGCUCUCUAAUUACAACAGAUUUCAAAGAGUUCAAAUGAAUGUUUCAUAUUCAAAUUUUCUCAAAAAAUACCCUCUCUCUCUCUCUCUUUCUUUCUCUCUCUCGCACACACGCACGCACACACACACACACACAAAUGCUGCCAAAGUAAGAAUAUCUUUUGGAGACUGUCUCUUUCUUUGGGUUCAGUGUUAGUUGAGCUUAAAAAGAAAUGUAUGGAAAUCUGUCAAAACCAGUAUCCUAUGUUACCACAGUCAAGUUUUUUAAGGUUGAGAACCCAGUUAAAAACACAGGAAACAGUCAUGUAUUCCAGUGGAAUGUUAAUUAAAUGAGGAUUCCAAGAAAAUCUCAUAUUCCAUUGAAACUCCAAGAGUGACGUUUGUGGUAGAUAUGAAGUAAAACCCAGACGUGAACAACACACAGUAAUUCUUUCAGAUGGUCCAGUGUUUCGCUGCUUUCGAUGUGUAUAUACAAGUCACAAUGUUUACAAAGAUCGGAAAUACAUUCUAAUCAAGAGCUAAUAGUGUUCAUGUGUACGAAUAUGUUUUAAAGCUGUUUCAGUGUUGUUGUUUUUUUUCAUGUAUAUGUGUAUGGAAUAUUUGGUUAUGUAUAUAGUCCAAAACAAAACUGGUGAAUAUAUUUGCAGAUGACGGAGGGCAUUCAAACUAGCAUUUAAUGAAGCCUUUCACUACAUAUUUUAAAAUAUCAUCCGUUAUAUCAAAGAGAAAGUGCUUAAAAUCCUGCCAGUGAAAAGGUUAAUGUAGCAUUUAUUUUUCUAUUUUUAUCCACCAUCUUGUUUACAGUGACCAAAAAUUCUUAAAGUUGCAGUAAAACUCUCUUACCAAACAAAAAAGAAUUUUGCUACUGGUGUAGUUAGUGUUGGAAAAUGUCAAGAUAAAAGUGUUGAAAUAGUGCAACCACACAUUUCUUUAGAAAUACAGCAGUGAGGCAAAUGAGAAAACUAUGCACACACUCAAUGGACCAAGUUCAUUCAUAUCAAAGGCACUUUUGUUGCUCUACUUGGAUUUUUGAUCUGAAGUGUUAAAAUAGUAGUUAUUUGGUUUGAACUAAUAUUUCUGAUAGAAUUGUGAUUUAGAUCCCAGUCAGCUAAAUGAAGAUUUACCUCACAUUAAUUUCAAUAUGUGACCAAAGCGAAUAUUUGUGGUGGGGUGUAGCAGUGUUAUCCCGCAUUAAUUUGCUCUCUUAGCCCAUCUGCUGUUGUGUUCCUUUGGUGACUUCACACUGACUGAAUUAUGCUCCCAAUACCCUGAUAGCCAGUUCUUCUCCAUCUGAUGCUAGAUCCACUGAGGUGUAUGCUUUGACUCAGUUUUUAAAGGUUAAAGCCUGGUCUGUUCCAGUUUGUACUGCCUACAAAUCCGGCAAAUGUAUAUAGAUAGCACUAACAUUUGAGUCUAUGUUUACAUAGAUGUAGACAACUUUACAAACUCUCCACAGCUUUUCCAUUUAGCAGAUGUUUAAAGGAUAAUGCUGGUAAUGUCCUAUAGGUUUCUCAUUGUCAACAAAUCCCAUGAUCCCAAAUACCAAAACAAACACUAAACUGACUUGAGUGCCAUAUGCCUCUAUUUUGGCUCAAAACCUAUUAAUUACAAUGUAAUACAAGAAGAAGUGGGCACUGUAGUUUAUUUUGAAUCAAUCUCACAAACACCUGGGUCCUGGGUGCCAAAUGGGUAAUAAUCAGCAGCUCCAAAUUGUCCCCAACAGAUGUGCAGUUCAUGUUUGAGUGGCGUUUGCUAAAUGCUGCCCGUGCUCUGGUGUUUAUUCAAAAUAUGUAGGCUUUAAAAAAAAUUAAAACAUUAACAUGUUCGAAAUUGUUUUUUAAGAUGUGGAAAAAAUUAGUUUUCAAAUAAGAGAAAAGGCGCCAUAGGAAAGUACAGAGAGAUUACAGACAUACAGACAUUGAUGGUUUGGGUAUUUUCUUGGCAUUUCUUGGCAAUAACCAAAAUAUAGAGCAUUAUGGACUAAUUAGCCGAGGAAUUCUAAGAUGUGCAUUUCCGGCUUUUUGGUGACUCAAAUUGGACCCAACUUUAUUUAUACUAUAACAAUUAUUGUGACAUGAGGCUAAAUGUAUUUUGCAAUGACACUAAUGCAGGCCACAAUGAUGGAAAAAAAAUACAGAGGUGGAGGGAACCUUUGUCGCUUGAUAAUACAGUAUUGCAAUGUCUCUAAAGAUUUAUGUCAUAUUUAGCUGGCUUCUUUGAGCUGUUGAAUAUCUUUAGUCUGAAUUUGUUCCCCAUUCAGGAGUAGGCUACAGGUUAAACUUUAAAAAUGCAGUUGACUGAGGUGGUUGUAAAAAUUCAAUCUGGCUUUCCACUAAUUCACACUGGUCAGGUAAACAUUAUGUCACGUUUGUGUAAGACAGUUUUUUAUUUUUUUAUUAAAAAAGGUUACUGUUAACAGAACAUCAAAAACUUUU